AUGCUGCUUGAGGAUCUUAGUCAUGCUUCCUUCUAUCCAGUUUACUGCCUAAAUAAGUCAAAUGUAAAGAUAAUUGACUACUUCAUCCUGCUUACACACAUUCAGCUACUGCUUUCUGUCACUCUAUUGAACCUGGCUGGAUUAUGUGAAGCAUCACCCCUUCCGCAAAUAACAAGCCCACCUUUUGAUAAGAAACCUUUUGUGAUUAUAUGGAAUGCCCCUAUUUCCAGAUGCCAAUACCUGAAUAUCUCGUUGAACCUGUCUGCAUUCCAGGCCAUCACCACACCAGCUAAAGUUCAUAACCAAACCCUCAGACUUUUCUACAAAAAACAAAUUGGGCUCUUUCCUUAUACAGACCUCCGGACAUUGACACAUUACAAUGGUGGAAUUCCACAGAGAGGAAACCUAACUGCCAGUCUGGAAAAAGCCAAAGAAAAGUUCACCCAGUACAUUCCAGACACCUUACCUGGCCUGGCUGUCCUUGACUGGGAAGAGUGGCUCCCAAUGUUUGACCAAAAUGUAGGCUUAAGAAAGGUUUACAAAGAGAUGUCCAUUAACUACACCCUUGAGCAGUAUCCUUCCCUGGACCAGAAACAAAUCUUCUGCAAAACCAAGGAGCAAUUCCAGAAAGCUACACGAAGUUACAUGGAAGAGACGCUAAAGCUGGGAAUUGCAGAGAGACCACAGUAUCUGUGGGGCUUCUACUUGUUUCCUGACUGCGACAACUAUAAUUUUGAAAAUCCAAACUAUACUGGGAGAUGCUCUCAGAACAGCACACAGUUAAACACCCAGCUUCUCUGGCUGUGGGAGACAAGUACAGCCCUUUUCCCUUCAGCAUACAUACCAAGAUCCAUAACUGGAAGCCAGAAGGUGGCAUUAUUUGUUCGUCACCGGGUGCAAGAGGCAAUGAGAGUGGCAGCUCUGCCCCUGCAGUCCUGCACUGCUCCCAUUUACAUCUACCUACGACCCCUUUUACGAGAUCAGAAGAAGCUGUUCAUGCAAGAGGUUGACCUGGUUAGGAGUAUAGGUGAGGCUGCAGCUUUAGGAGCCACUGGAUGUGUGCUGUGGGGCUCUAGUUAUGAUUACAAUGACAAGGCAUCAUGUGAAUCCCUUUCUACAUACUUGUCUGAGAUUCUAAACCAGUACAUCAUAAAUGUCACAACUGCAGCCCACCUCUGCAGUAACAUGCCCUGUAAAGGCACAGGCCGCUGUGUCCGUAAAGACCAUGACUCGGAUGACUACUUACAUCUCAACCUAAACAGCUUCAACAUCCAGAAGAGUGAUGGGACAUUUCAUGUCACUGGGGAACCUUCCAUCAGCGACCUCACUGAAUGGGCCAAGAAGUUCACCUGUUAUAAAGAUAAACGCUGCUCAUCUACAACACCAUCAGGAGCUGCCAGUAGUCAUGAAAAUGUAGCUGGAUACUUCUCAUUAUCACUAUAUGCUUAUCAGUAUAUGCUGCUUGCUGCAUAUUUGCUGUAUGAACCAUAG